GACUAUAAUAUCAUGCUUUGAAAAGACAUUUAGUUACCUCAACCAAAAUAUUACGAAAGAUUUUUUUUUAAAUCCUUAUUUUUCCCUAGGCGUCGAAGUAGUGCCUGGAAUCCAGGUUAGUCCGCAGUCGACUUUGACUUCUCUCCGGAACUUUGAACGACUCUUUUUAGUCAAAUCCGGUUUUUCGACUCUGGAGUCGAAAUGGUUUCAUGAAUCACGUGGCGUUUUGCAAUAUAAUUUUUACGGUUGAUGUGUUCCAUAAUAUCCUUGUAAUCCGUACCUGUGUCUCAUAUCAUUAUCGUUUUUUAUUUGUUUUGGUUUGCUAUACUGUAGAGCGCUAUACGACCGGCAUCUAAUCCUAGUAGAAACGUUCCCCAUACUUUUUAUUCAGUUAGCGGUGACCAUACAAAAUGAUCAUAAUAAAGAUGAAGAGUUUUAAACUCGAUUGAACGUUUUCAUCAUAAAAAAGAGGAUCUGCAAUUAUACAAGAUACAAAUUUUACCUUAUUUUAUCUGGUACUGGUAGUGUCAUCGGACUGCACACGCGCUGUAGUUAGAUGCGUUUGUCAGCAUGUUAAAACUUCGUGGUAACUGCUCCCCUUUUAGAGCGUUGAACCUCCUGGUUAACGUGGUUAAUGAGCGUAAGCCAGAGUUGAUGGUUGAAAGUACAUAUUUCAAGGUUUCUUCGUUGUUGUUCCUUACAGUUUCGGUAGAGAUUGCGAUUGAUUGGUGGUUUAGCAAUGUUAAUACCAUGGUACUGGAAAUUAUGAUGCCCAUGGUCCAUGCUGGUCACGUAGCCCGGUGUGUGAAAACUUGUGAAAACAUGGAAAGGAGCUGAGCUUUUUCAUUGUCCAUUACAACUGAUGAUGGAAUUAUAUUUGAAGUGAUUGUGUUAUGGAAAACUUUACGUAGGUGAAUUGUAUGUUUUGAUGUAUUGGAUAUCAUAUGUGCAUAUUUUGAAAUUUUGUCAAUAUUCGUUAGGAAAAGUUGAGCUUCGAUUUGGUAAAUGUCCAAAUGUAUGAUUUCGAAUGGGAAAUUUGGGAUAGGAGAUUCUUGCAGUUGUAUUGGUGUAGAGAUUGUCGAUCAUAUUCGGUCGUGUAGUAACUCCAAAUUUUUUGCUCGGUUCAAAGAAUUCCUUCAUGAGGGAUGUUAACAUUUGCUCGUCUAAUCUAGUUCUUCUAUCUAGUUUCUAUUUUUUUAGGGUUUGUUUUUUGUAGCUUCAAGAUUGUUUUUUUUUUCGUACAAAAUAUCUUGUAAUUCAAACGCGUUUAAUGUUUGAACCAUUAUCAUUCUGUUGAUAUGAUGUAAUUCGAAUAAUCUUUAUCAGCUGAGUGUUGUGAAGGUCUCAGUGCAUGUACGAUUUCAGGUACUUUAGUUAGGAUGUGAUUUUUUGUUUUUGAAAGUAAGUUUUAAAGUGUAUGCUAUCGUUAUGAUGAGCUGUUUGUACUCCUGAUGUACUCCUGAUUGAAAAUGGUAUUUCUGCAGCAAUGGCUUAAAGCGUAUUUUUGGCGGUGGUCUUCAGCAACCUGCUACUCUUCUUAGUUAUUGAUUUUGUAAUUGAUUUUGAUCAGUGCCAUCUGAUGAGCAUUUGUAAUCCAUUUUGAUCAGUGUCAUCUGAUGAGCAAACGCUACGCUACUGGCGGCGUUGCCAAAUUAACCACUUUGGAGUAUCACCCUCGACCCCAUAAUGUAAGUUAGUGUAGGUAGCGUUAUUAUGUAAAUAAUAGUUAGCAGUACUACGCAUAAGACACGAGCGAUCGGAUGCGCCGAUCGUCGCUUUCAUAUCCUUCGACCGCCGACCAGCACGGAUGUAACCAGAUAUUACGCCCAUCACGCAAUAAAAGGUAUCGCGCAAGCCCUACAAUUCAAACUGGUGUCUAUGGUUUUUAAUUUUAUUUGUGUGGCCUUUAAGCUACAACCAAUACCAUAUUUCAUACUACCUCGGAUUAGUGCCUUAUGAAGUUGCAUGGUCUUUUCAGGGUCUAUAUGGUUUCUAAAAUUGCAAAUUGUUUUGAUGGCUUUUACUCGCUUUGCUGCUUUAGUUUUUCGAUUUUCGGAAUGUUGAUGGAAUUUUUUUGGCUGUCUACUGUGACUCCCAACAACCAAUGUUCUUUGAUUUUCUGUAUGUUAACUCCUGCUAUGUGUAUGUUCGCUUUUAAGUUAUCUUUUAGGAAUUUCAUGUAUGUAUGUGCAUUUUUGAGUGUUGUUUUCAGUCCCUUUGAAGGGAUUUUUCAACCGAUUUUGGUGUAAGUUCCGCUUCUAUAAUGUCAAAUUAAUUUGCAUAUUGCAGCACUUUGAUUUUUCCGCUAUCUGGUAGUGUAUAUGUUGAAGAGAGCCUGCCCGGUGGGGAGCCCGUCCGACGCACUUCUUUUGAUUAUUUCGCUAUCAACGGAUAUUUCUAAGCACCUGUUCUUAAGGACGCUGCUUAUCCUAGCAAUAUCUUCGUUGGAUAUCAACAGGGAUUGCAUUAUUGCUGUUAGCUCAUUUGUUAAUACACUAUUGUACGCACGUCUAUAAAAUCCACUUCACCGUUUUCCUAUUGUUUUUCAUAAUGGUGUUGAUUAACAGAUCAAUCAUGUCUGUGGUUGAUUUGUUUUCACGAAAGCCGAAACUGGACUCAGGCAGAUGUAAAUGUUUUUCCAGAUAAUCUGUGAUCGUUUUUUAAGGUACGGCUAUGUUUGCUACUUUUAAAACUGUUAUCACUAAUGCUAUCGGUCUAAAGUUUAUAACUUCAGUUAAUUCUUUACCGAUUUCGCCGAUUGCGAUGAUUUUAAGUAUUUGUAAUCUAUGUGGUACCUGUCCCUCUCGGUACAUGUCGUUAAUUUCUUUAAUGAUUUUGACUGCCAUCUCAUCAUGUAGAAUCAUGUAGAGCGUACCAUAUAUUAUUUCAUCGACCCCUUUUAUGGUAUUCUUCUUCUUCUUGGCUUAACGACCUUAAAGGUCACGGCCGACCAUUUCUGGCUUACUAGACUUAUUUUACCACGUAGCCGGAUAGUCAGUCCUUGCUACGGGGGAACGGUCCGGAUGGGAUUUGAACCCGGUCCGGCCGUGUGGACUGGCGCCGUUUAUCACAUGCACCACCAAACCGCCCCAUUUCAUGGUAUUAUUUUUGGCUAAAGUCUGAAAUAAUUAUUUCAGACUUUAGCCGAAAAUUUCAAGUUAACCGGUUCAUAGCAUAGUUUUUACACGAGAAGAACGUCCUCUAUUAGACUCCGAUCCGAUAUGACGUGUCUAACCGUGAUCUGCGACAAGUGAUAUUGAGAUAAAACAUAUACAAACAACAAUAAUAGUGAGGGGAAAGAGAAAGCUAGCUCGGGGCCCAGCCAUGGGCCGUAGCAAGAAAAAAAUAGCACCAGGUGACGUAGUGCCCUCGUGUUCAUAUUUCAACGUUCCGUCGAGUAUCCCGACGAGCAAUAACUACGAAAUCCUUAGUGAAGACGAAGAAGCGCCAUCGACGCCGGUUACAUCGGUACCAUCAAAACAGCCAACAUCAAAAAUUCCGCCAAUUAUCGUCACCGUCACACAAGUAGGAGAUGUGCAUCAAAAAAUCACCUCCGUUGGAGUAGUAAACUAUACCACUAACAGUACACGUAAGGGCAUUGUCGUGAACACGACCACAUCCAGCGACUUCAAACUCGUAGUGGACGUUCUAAAACGGAAUAACAGAUCGUUCUUCACGCACCAACUAGCAGAAGGCAAAACAACGAAGGUGGUAAUCUUCGGGUUACCUGAACAGGAUACAGAAUCCAUCAAAGCUGCGCUUGCCGAAGUCAACAUCACACCAAUCGUGAUUAAAAAGCUAGAGAUAAAGAAAAAGAGAUACGACGACCAAUGUAUGUAUCUCCUCCACUUCCCUAGAGGAUCAAUAACCCUCAGCGAGCUGAAACAAGUUAGAGCAGUAGACCAUCAUCGUGUCUACUUUGAGUGCUUCUCUAAAAAACGGUCCCAAGCAGUGUAUAAACUGCCAGCGCUACGGGCACGGUAAUGCAAACUGCUACCUUUCCCCUGUGUGCGUUAAAUGCGCUGAUAACCACGCAUCAAAAUCAUGUCCGCUAAGCCUAACUACUACCUCUUCAGAUGGCAAAAUAGCUUCAACCAAAUUGAAGUGUGCGAAUUGUGGUGAACACCAUACGGCAAAUUUCUCAGGCUGCUCAGCAAGACUGAGGCUUAAAAAGGUAACUCCAACACUACCUCGUGUUCGUGCUGAAUUUACGUACAACGAAGCUGCGUUCCCCCGCCUCCCUAACCACCAAAUCGUCCUAAUCAACCAAAACACACAUACGCAAACCUUUUCAACCAACAACAAAGAAACUUUAGUCAGAAUGUAGAUUUUGACCUAAACGAGAUAGGGCAAAUCGUAGAAGACGUUUUUUCAAACCUGAGCCGUUGCAGCUCAAAAAAAGAUCUCGUCACAGUCAUCGUGCAGAUUUCAGCGAAAUAUUGCUUUCUACACCUUAAAUAAUUCAUUAAAAAUCAUGUACUGGAAUGCCAACGGUAUUUCAAAUAAAAAAGACGAAUUUUUCAACUUUCUUUUAAAAAAGAAUAUACAUAUCGCUGCCAUAAGUGAACCAUUUCUAAAGAAUGGUACAAGAUUCUCUCACCCAAAAUUCCACACCUAUAGAUUAGAUAGAUCGCAUGGAGAAAAAGGUGGAGUAGCACUAGUGAUAU